AUGCGUUCUCACUAUGCUUCCUCAGGGCUGCUCUCCAUUCCCCUUCUACUAGCUCUUCUGCUUUUGAAAAGGAAACAAGAAAAGAAGCAGAUCAUACCAGGAAGGCAAACAAGCAAAAAUCAGGAAAGUGACCCAGAAAAGGAGUCUCGGGAAGAAAAAUCUAAAGCUGAAGAUCGGUCAAUUAAUUCAAUGUCGGGAGAGGAUGGGAACAAAAAACAUAAAGCAUCAACAAGAGCAGGGGUUCAUCAGGUAAAUGAAAUUGCUCACAAGGAUCUGGCUGAAUUAACUCAUUACAAUCAAGAGAUAUCAAAUACAAAUGCAUCAACGUCUCAGUUUUUGACUGAGGAAUGGGAGAGUGAAAAAGACAAGAUGGUCACAAGAAAAGAGCAAAAAUUAAGGUGCAAUGCCAGUCCUUGCCAGGAAACUUGUGAUCCAUCCUCAACAGUCUUUGAAAGUCAAUCUGCUGGAGUACUUGAUUAUGGAACAGUGAACAAUUCAAAAGCGUUGGCCCAGAACCAGGAAGGGUUCCAUGUAACAAAAUGGGAUAGGAAUGGGAAUGACAAACCUGUAGGAACCAUUGUACCAUUGUCCAAAGUGGCAACUGAUGAUAACAUCAAUUGCACAAAUGUGACUCCUUCUGCGAAGCAAGCUCUAACUAUGACAGUGAAGAAUGGUAGGCACGAUACAGAGAGAAAUUCAAUGGCAAGAGCAAAGGUGAGUAAAGAAGAUGCUGGUGAGAUGUGCGAUUCAAUCAGUGCAGUGAGCAGUGUGGCUGAAAGGCAAUACGGCAGGGAAAGUGAAAAGCCUGAGGAAGAUGGAAGUCAAGAAAAUAUCUCACAAGUCAAAAGAGGAUUUGUGGGCGGCCGAGGAAAGGAUUUGAGACAAAAGAAUGAUGAGAAUAGAGUGAAAAAAGGCCAAUUGAACCCUCAGGCUGUGACACUUCCUGGCUCAAAAUGUGAUGCAGCCACAGCAAACAGUGAAGCAGCAGAUGAUACAGGCUCGCCAACCAGGGAUAAUCUUCCCUGGAGCAGUGAGUAUGGAUAUGUUAAUCUUCUGCAUGAAAUUGUGGAAAAUCAAGGACGCCGCACCAGAGAGCGAUGGAAACAAAUGCUACUGUCUGCUGCUGCUCAGCACUGUCCCAGCUUCUGCACCUGUGCUGAAGGUGUGGCCAAUUGUAAGUCUCUGCCUUCAUUGCAACCAGUGCUUACAGAUUUACCAAAGUCUAUGCAAACGAUCUUGCUUCAGGGGCAAGGAUUGUCACAAGUUGCAAGGAUUGGACCAAGAGCUUUGCAGAACUUCUCCAACCUGCACUACAUGUCCAUCACUGAGUUCAGGCUCUCACUUUCCAGCCAGGCCUUCUAUGGGUCAGUGGGCGGACAGAGCAGCCUGCAGCUGCUGGAACUCACCGGAAACAAUCUCUCCAGUUGCAACGUGGAAAGCUCGGCCUUCAUGGGCCUGUCAAACCUGACCACACUCAACCUGUUCCAAAAUGAUCUGGAUGUGCUGAAGGCACCCUGGUUUUCAGACCUGGCCUCGCUUCACACAUUAAAUGUGCAAUCCAAUAAGAUCUCCUAUCUCCCGCCACGCAUAUUUGCAACGCUGAGGCUGCUGAAAAUACUUAAUGCAUCCAGGAACCUCAUCCAAUACAUAUCCACAGACACAUUCUGCGGCCUGGGAGCCCUCUAUGAGCUAGAUUUGUCUAACAACAAGCUUGUUUUCAUUGCCAGCGAUGCCUUUGAACCCUUUCACAGUCUGACGAAGCUGAAUCUGUAUGGCAACCAGCUUAUGACAUUGGCUGCUGUCCCCGAGUCUGUGCAGAAAAUGCAGUUGCAUGGCAAUCCCUGGGAGUGCAGCUGCCAGUUGACAAUGUUGCUGGAAUCACGGCGAGAGGCUGUGGAGGAUGCAGGUAGUCUCGUGUGUGGGAACCCAUCGCCACUGAAAGGAAAACUCAUCCUGGAUCUGCAUUCCACUGAAUGCUCAACCACAACCCCAGUGCCAACAACUACCGCCUCACACAUCACUCCUGCCCUAGGUGCUCAAGCUGUGGUUUAUGGAUUCAUUGCUGUGGCAUUGUUUCUUUUAUUACACAAUAAUCCAGGAUUCUGUGAUCUUUGCAUCCUAGGGGGAUGUUUACUGGUCGGAGUUAUCUGGCUGGUUAUCUGGCUGGGGAGGAGAUCGCAAAACCUGAAGAGUCGCAAGACGGACGUCAACGAGGCAAAGGGAAAAUUACAAACAAAAAGAUCAAGUGAAGCACCAAUGGAAUUGGAUGCCAGCGACCUGAUUGCAAAUCUCUCUGUGAUUGCUUCACAUCAGAUGAUCAAUGAGACAGAAAACGUUAAGGGUAACCAAGUGGAGCAAAGGGGAGAACCUUUAAAGAUCCCCACAAAAUCAUGGAUGGUCAUGGAAAGAGAGACCAGGGAAAACAAUGCAGAGAAGAACAAGGGACUACGACCCUGUAAAACGUUACCCAGUUUACUUCAAGCAGCUAAUGUUGUACACAUACAGAAUGAAAGGACAGUCAUUGUUAGCAGUGCGAUCAUGAAUGAAGGAAAAGGAAGAAGCUGGGGAAAUACUGAAAGAGAGAAAAUGCCCAUCCACUCAACCACCAGCAAUUCACUUCACAACCUGAAGUUAACAAAGAAAGGCCAAUGCAAACUUCAAGAAAAAAUGCAGGAAGAUACUCCAUGCAAACCUAUCCUGUCAAAGGAAGAGAAAACUGCCUUGCAAAUGUCCAAGUCCUCUAAUGAACAUAAAGUAAAUGAUACCCCACAACUUGAGAUGGAAGGUAGAGUUAGGGUUGAACUACCUGAGUAUCAGCAGACAUUACCCCAAAGCCAUCAGCGUGAAGAACCAAUAUUGAAUACCUCUCAAAAGCACAACUUGCAGCAAGGCAGUAAGCAUCACAGUGAAAGCUCUCAAUUUACAAAAAGAUCCAAGUUAGUACCUGACUCCGAGUUCAAUGUCUCUGAUGCAGUAAAAGUGGAAAACAACAUAUCAUUUAUAACCGGAACGGACGUGACACCCGCCCCCAUUUUAAUAUUUGCUCACGAUGAACACAAGCUAAAUGAAAUAGAGAUGCCUAUCGGCAAAGAGUCUGAUGGAAACACACUGGGGUUAAAUAGCACCCUCCCUAAAGCGCCCAUUUCAUUAGUGGGUAGUUUUGCUGGACCUAACAAUGGUGUAACCUUAACAAUCAACACAAUUACUGAGGAUAAAGUGAGCCAAGCUGGGUCAGCAACUGCAUCAUUUAGCUGGCCUUACGCGUGGAGUGUGCAGAGUCAAGAGAAUUGGAAACAAAGUACCACAACACUUGAUUCAGCUCCAGUUUCAGAACAGCCUGGGACAAACCUCUCACAGAAGUUCUCUUCGAAGACUGGUGCCCUCAUGCAAUCAAGUACCAGGAUAAUAGACCAAGGAACUAAUCUGGAUGUGGAGGAAUGGACCAAGAGAUCUGAGCCACGUUUCCAAAAUACUUUUGUCAGAACUAAAGCCUCAACAAAUAUGAAAUUGGGCUUGGAGCCACAGGGCCACAUCCAAUGCCCAACACAUUCAGAGAAAUUAUUGUAUAGGAAUGCAGAAGAAAGGAGAGACUCCAAUCUACACAAAAGGCAUUUUGGUAAUACAAACUAUUCCAAAAAAAUGUACAAAUCAGUUUUUAAAUUAAUGGAUGAGGUGCAGUUUCCAGCUGCAGAAAAGAAAAUGCAGAAUAAUGCAUCACAAAACUCGCCAAUUCUCAGUGACGGGGAGAGCAGGGAUAAGCUUAAACUGCAAAAUAUUUUGAUUCCACUCUCGGUCAAAAAUAAUAAUCUGCAGCAAUUUGAAUCUUCUGAUCCUGCACUCAAAUCGACACACUUUAGUCCAUUUUACAGUCGGUGGUUCUAUAAGGGAGAGUUUAGAACAGGGUUCGGGAAAUGGAAUCUAACUGUACCUGAAGGAGUCGACUUGAAUAAGGUGGCAAAUGUUCACUUUGAAAAGAGGCGUGGAAGUCCAAUUCCUGAUCAGACACAAACCCAGGAUGAGGGAGUUACUGUGGUCAAAACCAGGAAGGACAUCCAUUUACCCAAGCACUUUGUUAAGCUUAACCCACCCACCCGUCGAGAGCGUUUAGCCGAUGACGAGCUCACAGUUAUUGACGUGUUUCAUAAUCUGAGGAAAACAUUGGAUUUUGAUUAAAAGUCACGUUAAUUUUCUUCAGUCAGCCAUCAACGUAAUUUGGUCAAAUUAUUUACAAGUUUUAUAAAUGUUAUUGCUUGAUUAUGAACUUAAAGACUAAAUGCACUCUUCCCUGUGCAAUGAGACCUACCCAAAGUUUGUAUCUGUACAAACAUGUAAUCAACUAAGCAAUUUCACAAAUGUAUCAAAUAACAGCUGACAUUCUCGCAGAAUUAUAUUUUCAUCCUCCAUCACCAACAAUUGGACAAAGCUGCUGAAGAUGGUUACACACUAAUGUACAGUUGUAUAAUUCCUCCAUAACAACUUCAGACCUGUGGUAAAUUAAAUGGCCAAGGAAUACACCUGCCAAUGACAUUACUUGUACAGCCUCAGCUGUGGACUCUGUGAGAAACACCAAGUGGUUGAACCACUGGAUGUAGCAAAAGCACAGAAAGUACAUUGGAUGUGAAAUUCCAACAUCAAUAACAACAAUAGCAUGGUGGGGUUGGUGGACUGACUCUGGACAUUUUUAGACUGGGCUGUGGCAGAUGGUGAGAGAACCAACAUGGGGAGAUCCACUCAACUUCAUUCUCACUCAUCUAUCACUGACACAUUUGUCCCUGAGAGGUGCAGCGGCUGUGAGAUAACAUCCACCUUCCUUAUGACUUUCACAGUAUUCUGGAGCCUUACAAAACUGUAAAACAGAAUAUAUUAAUAAUACAGCUUGCAACUCAAGACUGGCCAUUUGUGAUGUUAUCGUCAGAAAUAGCAGUCCAGCACAGUCCCCUGUCGUGGCGUAUUUCUAACAUUGUCAUCAAGGUGCGUGCCAACCCUGGUCUACAAAGUGUAGACGAGGAAAAUGUGGUCUGAACCAUAUGUUCUGAUCAAUGAGGUGCCAAUCGCAUGAUGAUAUUACAAGACAGCAAAAGUAGCAGGCUUUAAGCAGAGCAAAUGAUUCCAUAAUCCAAUGCAUUACAUAAAAAAAUUGCAUUCCUGACAUAUCCAGUAAUGGAUGCGGCAUUUUAAACGAGUUGCAAGGGAAGGUUCAUUGAAUAUCCCCAUCUCACUGAAGCUGGAGAGUGAAAGUCUUGCUGAAGAAGCAAAUCAGUGUGAAAAACUGACAAAACAUAUCCAAUGGAGCCAAUAUCAUCAGUUUAUUCCAAAUCCUCAGCUAAAUGCUGGAAGGUGUCAUCCCUUGCAAAAGAAAGCAGCACUUACUUACAAUCACCAACAGGUUAUGAAUCACUGAUUCUCGUUUCUCUCAAGACCAUUCAAUUCCAGAGCUUGUUAUAGCUUUGUGUAAGAAGAAACUGCAGAUGCUGGUUUAAACCAAAGAUAGACACAAAAAUGGGUGGGACAGAAACGUCACCCAUACCUUCUCUCCAAAGAUGCUGCCUGUCCCGCUGAGUUACUCCAGCUUUUGUGUCAACUUGUUAUAGCUUUGGUGCGACCAGUUUAACUAAACCGUUCAAACGCUUGACCGUGUGGUUUCAAGGAUCCCUGCGACAACUGAAGCAAAAGAAUCAGAAGCAAAAUACUCUCCUCCAGCUGGAGUCACAUCUAACACAAAAACAUGUACCUGUUUGUAGUUGAAGCCUAUCAUUUUAGCCCCAGUUCGUCAGGGCACGAUCCAACUAUCAUCAGCUGUCUGAAUGAAGCAUCACCCGACAUUGCAUUGAUUAAAUGGCAGUGGACUCGAUGGGCCGAAUGGCCU